UCUGGUACCCUUUACGCACACACGACAGAGGGCGUCUUGGUAUUUGCACCAGUCUGAAGCAUGCAUGGUGAUCAUGAAGAAACAUGGCGACGUAUGGCAGGGGGUUUCUGGUCAGAUUUUGCGCGAAUUUUUCUCAGAGGCUUUCAGUUUCAGGAUGUAAUCUUCAUCGUACACUCCCAGUCUCCUCAAAUGGCUUCCACACCUGCGCUGGGUCUUCGCACACACUGUUGCCAACAGCUCAAGUUACUGUUACACCGAAGAGACACACUAGCUGGUUCAAUACUUUAACCGCAAACCAGCUUUGGAAGGGCAUGCUAGCAACCACAGGCAAAGCUCAAACCAAGGCUCGAGGCAAGCGACCAGCAAAGAGAAUCAAGAAAGAUCUCAAUAGAGGGCAGUUUAUUGGAGAAGGAAAGGCCAACAUAGCCUGGCCUGGCCUGAAUGCCCCCAUCCUGAAGGACAGAACCGUCCAGACCAUGCAUGUCAAGGAGCCAGACCCAGAGAGGGAGGAACGACUUCUGCAGAUCCGAUCCCAAUGGGACAAGAAGAAGAAACGGUCAAUACCCCCUGAGCAGAGAGGCUGGACCUCCAAGAGCUGGGGUGGGCGUCGGCUGGGCCCACCGGAUCCUAUACCAGGAGAGACAUUUGAGGGGUUUGACUCCAGCGUGAUCACAGUCCGGAGAGUCUUCAACAUGACUGGUGCUAAAGGCAGGAAGCGUAGUAUGUCAGCACUGGUCGUUGUCGGGAACAAGAAUGGUGCUAUAGGCUACGCACAUGGCAAAGCCCCAGAUGUGAUGUCAGCAUUGAGAAAAGCCAAGAACAAAGCUGCCAACUACCUCCAUUACAUAGAGCGUUAUGACGACCACACAGUGUACCAUGACAUUGAGUCCAAGUUCCAAGUAACAAGAAUAAGGAUCAGGAAGCAGAACAAAGGCUAUGGGCUUCGUUGUCAUCGAAUCCUGAAAGAGAUCUGCCGGCUUGCCGGUAUCAAGGACUUGUAUGCCAGAGUGCAUGGCUCCACCAAUCCCAUCAACCUCAGCGUUGCUUUCAUCAAUGGAUUAGUCAACCAGGAGACUCACCAGCAGAUUGCUAACAGGAAGGGCCUGCACGUGGUGGAGUUCCGCAAAGAGUGCGGCGUCCUCCCAAUCGUUGUCGCGUCACCGCAGAACGCAGCGCCCCGCAAUGAAGUGGAGGAGGAAGCCUGGGAUAAAGAGCUCCCUCUGGAGUGGAAAGAGGAGAUACCGAGAAAACGCGUCAAAAAUUUCGUCCGAGAGGGGACCAUUUUCUUUUGAACCUGUCUGCAUGUAAACUAGAGCAGAUGCACCAAAUGGUUUAGCAUUGUGGUCCAGCAAUUGUGUGAAAGUAGCGGACCGCAUGAAACGUUGCUAUUCCGUUUUGGGGAGAGAGAUGACAGACAAUAGGUUAAACUUUUCUUUAAGAGUGAUUUACACCACAGUGCUCUAUCUAUACAUGUACUACCAUGGAGACCAUUAGGGGUUGCGUUCGAGUAGUCUCCCCUGGUAUACAUUGGUUUUACAUUUGAAGAAGCCAUGGAAAGAGUCUGAUCUUAUGCUGCAGUGUAUUCGCCUAAUUUGGGAAAGUUGAGGUCAAAGGUUGUUGCUUGGGGGGACUUUAAAAUGUAAACACACCAGACUGUCGUCUGCUCAUCUGGUAAAAUGUAAUAAGUUUUUUUCAUUGUUACCAGAUCAGUUAUUGCUGGAAUUGGAAGAUAUGCACAGAAUUAUCUAAAAUAUGUCUAUCCAAUUGAACACUGUUAAUAAUUGGGAAUAUUUGUGUCAUAUACACUCCACUGUGCUCGCAUCCUAUUAGAGUUCUCGCCAUCUUCAAUCGAGCUGGCCACGAUAUCGUCCGGUUACGUCAUUACACCAGAGACCCGCUCGCGAGCUGGGGCUCUGGUGGUUGACACCAGAUGCUGAUCGAACGCACCCAACAUGUGAAAUAAACUUGACAUCUGUGUGCAUUCGGUCAACUGUGAAGUUGAACACUGGCAUUAUUCGGACAAACAUCUGGUGGUGCACUCGAUCAUAUUUGUUUUCAUAGCGACUCGCAAAAGUAAUAUAGAGACAAUAUUUAGCUAUAAACACGACAUGGUUUCUUCUUAUACGCCCAGUUGCAUAGUGAGUACACAGGAUCUGUUAUGGGAAUUAUCAUUUAGUGCCUGUGUAAACUGAUGCGCACAUGUUACAAGGCACAUCGAUAAUUAAGAAUUUCGGAUAAGUGGCGGAAUGAAUACAAUUCGAUAUUUGUAUUCAGACAAGUACAGUUUCUCUUUUAUUAUAAACAUUGAGUUUAAGACUUAUUAACUAUUGACAUAUUUUAGCUAUGAUCAAAUGAUUGGGACAAUUAAUGUUACAUGAAAUGUUCAUGAAUCUGCCCUAGAGACAUAAUGGUAAAUUGAAAUUAAAAUUAAAAAAUUGCUACCAUGAUGUAAAUGAAUAUAUUUGUUGAUGUCUUAUACAAGUACAGUCAAACACUUAUAAGAAGUGCACUGUUAAUACAACGUCCCGCUUACAUGUAUAACAAGGAAAA